ACGCCGCGAGUUUUCAGGUUAAAACUACAAAACCCAGCUUUGGUAAUAUUUCGAUUUCCGACAUAAGAUGCGUCACUUCCGUUUUGACAACUGGCGGGACUUCUUCACGUGCUCGUUGCAGCAUUGCACAUCAGGUUGUUUUCAGACUCUUAAAAAAAAUUGCUUUUACAGGCAUUGCUGGUACACAACAAAACUCAUUCGACAACAUGAUGGCUGCAAACGGAAAGGACGCCUGCGGGUUAAAAGGCGACGAGCCGUCUGUGUCUGUGAAUGGCAGCAGCGACGGUUUUGCUCACAAGUCGCGCUCACUGGCGGUCAACGGAGCCGCGUCGGAGCUGCAGAACGGAGGCACCUCCGGGCCGGAGAGGUUCACCUUCAGCCCCGAGCCCACCAUGGAGGACAUCAGGCGGCUGCAGGCGGAGUUCACGGACGAGAGGGACUGGAAUCAGUUCCACCAGCCCCGCAACCUGCUCUUGGCCAUGGUCGGCGAGGUGGGCGAGGUGUCCGAGCUCUUUCAGUGGCGGGGGGAGGUGGCCGAGGGCCUGCCGGGCUGGACCGAGUCGGAACGAGAGCAGCUGGCGCACGAGCUCAGCGACGUGAUGAUCUACCUGGUGGAGCUCGCCGAGAAGUGUCGCGUGGACCUUCCCCAAGCGGUGCUUCGUAAAAUGGCCCUGAACCGACUGAAAUACCCCGCCAGCAAGGUGCACGGGUCGGCCAAGAAGUACACGGAAUACAAGGACUGAGUUUGGGUGUGUUUUUUAAGAGUUGGAUGGGUCAACCGGGGGGACACUGGUUACAGGGACUGUUGAAAGCUGCGACCCACGUCACGGUUUUAACACGCUGCUGUUUUAUUUUUGGGUUACUGCUGGAACUUUUAUCCCUGUGAUUCAAAUGGCUUUUUUUUAUUUUGUACGAGUUAACUUGUUGCAUAACGGUAUGAAUGCUAUUCGCUUGUGUGUAUUUUCUGGGAUGCAUGUGUGUUAAUCUGUUACCUAUAUGAAACGUAUUUUCCCUCGACAGGGAACUAGGGCCAUACUAUAUGGUAGCAGCUUGUUUCAGAGUUAAUUAGAAAGUUUCAGUUGCAGCAGAUGGUUAUUGACCUGACCGCCCCUUCUAUAAAAGAGUAAUUGUUUUUGUAUCAUCUUCCUUUUCCAAUCAAGGUUUAAUCUGUUUUGUUCACGACAAUCUCAAUUCUUUUUUUUUUUUUCUGAAGUAAAACUUGCUUUAAUUC